AGAUAACUCCUUCCCCUAUAUUCUUUUUUUCCUAAACCCUAAAAAUUCUUCUUCUCCUUUGCCGCCUCUGCCCACCAGUAAAAUACGGUCGCCACCCCCUUGCUGCAAAACUGGAUAGCUCGAGUAUCAACUGGUUCUUUCAUUGUUGAUCUCAUGCUCCGAUGUCUUUGUCCGAACCAAACCCUACUUCCUUGACCUUGGAGGAUAUCAUGCACGCCAUCAACACUCUCGGCCAAGAUCUGAAUGCCACCAAACUCCGGGUCGCUGAAUUGGCAUCCUCUAGGACACCACACAUGGAUCAGAAUCAACGCCAUGGGGUUCCUUAUCAUCUGGGCUGGCGGCCGUCGCCGUCUCGCACCACACCGCCGACACUGGAUCCUGCCCCUCGCAUGCGAGUAGAUGCGCCUCGGUUUUCGGCUGAUAACCCUAUGGGUGGGAUAUUUCGUGCCCAAAAGUAUUUUGAUUACUUCUUGACAUUUGAACUGGAACACAUGCAACUCGUGGCCAUGUUGAUCGACCAUCCUACGUCCGAAUGGUUCCAUUAUUAUCAGGCGAACAACACCUUGGCGACUUGGCCCGGCUUUCUUGACGCCAUGCAACAACGCUUCGACCCCAAUUAUUAUGAGAACUACGUUGGGUUAUUGUCCAAGCUCACGCACACUUCUUCAAUUAUGGAGUAUCAAUCCACUUUUGAAUCAAUUCUCAACAAGAUUUCCGGGGUCCCCGAAAUGACCCUUGUCACCAUGUAUAUUGUGGGACUUAAACAGCUGGUGCAACGGGAGGUUAACCUUUGGAACCCUAGCACACUGCCAGCUACGUUUGCCUUGGCGCGCGAACUCUCGGCAUGUCACCAGGAAGCCGCGGUCUCUUAUUCUUUCGGGGUCCGGCGUCCUUGGCCGCAACGUCCACCAUCUCCAGCUACUACCAGAAUUCUACCUACCCCAACGGCUGCCACAAAGCCCAUCUCGCCAGCCCCACGUACCUCCACUCCAGCGACGAAUCUCCCAAUUGUCCGAUUGACGAAUGCCGAGAAAGCGGAACGCAACAAGAAAGGCUUAUAUGAAAACCCCCUGGAUGUUGAGGAUUUUGUUGACAGAGACCAAGAAGCUCCUGUAAUUUCGGGGGACAUCUCCAGUCUCCACUCACUGGCCGGCAGCCCCAGCCCCCGUUCCCUCAAGUUGGAGGGGUCCGUCAAGGAGAUGGUGGUUCAGGUGCUCUUAGACGGGGGGAGCAUGCAUAAUCUUAUCCAUCCCGCCGUGGCCGAAUGCCUCACGUUGACCCUCCACCCAGUAACUCCGUUUCGGGUAUAUGUCGGCAAUGGGGACUCUCUACGGUGCGCCUAUUCAUGCCCCGAAAUGCCGUUAUGCUUGCAAGGUCAUCGCUUCGACGUGGAUUUAUAUAUUCUUGAAAUACACGGCCCCGACAUCGUCUUGGGCAUGCAAUGGUUACAAACCCUCGGCAAGGAUUUAGCCUCCUCACCUGCAUUUCUAGAUGACAUUCCAGCUCCUAUUCAUGCCGUCUUGUUGAGCAAGUACUCGCAUGGUGGGGCCUUAGCCGCUGGAUUUGAUGCCCCACGUGUUGCCCGUCUCUUUACCGACGUCAUGGUUAAGCAUCACGGGUUCCCUCGCUCCAUUAUUUCAGAUAGAGACUCGGUGUUUAUGAGCUUAUCAUGGUUAAGCAUCACGGCUCUUUACCGACGUCAUGCACGACCGGGCAACACUUUAUCCUCCUCCUUGCCGAACUGUUUCUUCAAGGGACACACCGUUAUCAAUCCCUGUCGUGGGGCUGCGCAGCCGCACGGUCCUGGUAGAUGGCCACCCACAAGAGCAAUGGCUCGUCCGUUGGUCGGAUGGGACGCCGAUGACGCUACGUGGGAGCCUGUUGAUGACUUAUUGGACAUAUAUGCGGAUCUCCGCCUUGAGGAAAAGGCCGAAGCUAACCCAGGGGGAGUUGGUUCAGGCCAUGCAGAGGAUUCGGGCCAUGCGGACGUAGACCAUGAAGGGGCUCCUAGGAGGACGCCACAUGUUGCUGUUGAGCCGUUGGUUUCCAUUGACGUAGUAGAGUUGUCGCUGGUCUAUCUCACUGGAGACCAGUCACCAGACCAGAGAUCGAUAAUGGCGUUUGAACGAGCAGUCGUUCUGUCAAAACCCUAUGCUCUCCCUCCCAACGACCCUCUACGAUAUUCUCGCAUCCCAUCCAUGUCCCCCCUGUUUCAACCCUUAUCCCUCAAGCGCUCCUUAUCUUCUUCUUCUAAAAGCGGGCGAUUAGUCUCCUGCGGCCGAAUCAGCUACUCAGACGACUACACCAGCAGCAAAAUUUCCAGUUCCCCCGUUUUCGAGCGCGGCCAAAUCGAGGCCUCUCAGCUUCCGCCUCCGGCGGAGAUUCAAUGGAAGAAGGAGCUUUGCAAUUCUGUGCAGCUCAUCGGCAUCGUAGCCUCGCCCGUCCAAAUCCGACACCUUGCCUCCGGGAAGGCCGUGGCUUGGUCCCGCCUUGCCGUCAAGAAGUCUGAGAACGACACCAGCUGGAUCGAUUUGAAUUUUUGGAAUGAAUUGGCUCAUGUUGCUUUUCAACAUGUGGAGAAAGGUCGUCAAAUAUAUGUAUGCGGUCGCUUGGUAUCAGAUACUGUUGAAGGGGAUGAUGGGAAACAAAAAACUUACUAUAAGGUGGUUGUUAAUGAGCUGAACUUUGUUGAAAGGAAAACUUCUUCAACUGUGCCGUAUGACGGCGAAUCUAAUUCCAUCACACCAGGUACAAAGACAAAAAAUUAUGCUGCAAAUAGUACAGAAUCAGUUGAGGAGUUAUGGCAAGCAUUCUUUGCUAACCCCAUGGAAUGGUGGGAUAAUAGGAAAAACAAGAGGAGCCCAAAAUAUCCAGACUUCAAGCACAAAAGUACAGGCGAGUCAUUGUGGGUGGAAGGCUGGAAUAAUCCGGCAUGGGUGAAAUCUCAACUUGCUGUAUUGGACUCAAGGAUGGAAGCUCUUCAGGAUCAUAGCAUGGGUGUAAACUUCAUGGCCAAUGAUGAUAAUCACCCCCCUCUUUAGCUGAUUCAUGAUUGAACUUGAGAUGCUGAUUGUGUUUUUGUAUAUGUGCCUUCAGGGCGGUGGAAGAGCAGUCAAGUAGUUGGCAUUGCUGUUAACUUUUGUAAGCAUUCACUUGCAACGAUCUAGGAAGAAUUGAUACCUGACUAGGAUUGAAACAUAUUCAAUAUUUCAAGGAAUGUGAUAUUUGUUGCCCUAAGGGCAACAAUUAAGUAUUAAAUCCUAGGCCAAUAACUAUUAAAGACCCCU